GGAGGCUUUCGAGUGAAAAAUGGUAAGGAGUCACAUCAACAACUGGCUACAGACAAGAAAUCAAAACCCAAAGGCAAAGGAAACACCCACUGGCCAGUGCCCACCUCCUCGGAUUUUUCUGUUGUGGUAGAGAUGUACAUGCAUUUUAUGAAGGCCUCAUUGCUCUGCUAAUAAUAACAUGGCAAUUUGAAUCUGCAAGUCAUCAAAUUCCUCGUCAAGUUUUGAAGUGCUUAAAAAACGCAGAGCAACUCUGUCUAGUUUGCUGCUGUACACUUGGUAUCUUUCACUGCUAUCUACUAGCAGCAUAUUAUACUACUUCCUCCCUACCGCGCAAAGAAAAGAUUACACAGAAGAAUAACCUACGGACAGACUCCUUUAAUUCUCUCCCGCUGGUGAAGCCGUUUCUGGGGAUACAAUGUCGCAGGAAUUUCAAGCUAUUACCAUUUACCAGGUUGUUGUUUUGUUGCAAAUAUAGUGGUAAUGGCUAAUAGUACAAUUGAUUAUUUUUUCAAGAAAAGACGUCUAGAACCAAGUGGAAGUGGUGAAACUCCUUGUCCUCUUCGUGAUUCUUCUCCUAAGCAUCAAACAAAGAAAUUUUGUAGAGCUGAAUCUUUAGAGUUUGAUAUUUCAUCCAUAGAACGUGAUCCUGGAAAGCGAAAAUCCAUUUGGGAAUAUCUAGAGCAUCAAAGGGAUGAGGUACGGAGAGCAUGUAUUAAGUUUGGGCCAUACCAACUUGAGCUUCCGAUUGAAUCAAUGGUUGUUGACAAGAAGGGCCGACGUUUCCUUUUCUCUUGGUAUAAAUUGUUUCCAGAUUGGUUGGAAUUUUUUCCAACAAAAAAUGCUGCCUUUUGUCUUCCUUGCUCACUUUUUUCCAAGCCAACGGACCGUUUUGGAUCAAUGGCCUUCACAACUAAUGGAUUUAGAUCAUGGAAGAAGGUAAAUGAUGGAAAAAAUUGUGCUUUUUUAAAUCACAUUGGAAAAUAUCCUAACUCAUCACACAAAGUGGCAAUGCAAUGCUAUCAUGAUUUGGGAAACUCAUUGCAACAUCUUGAUAAAAUUAUUGAGAAGCAAAAUUCUGAGCAGGUUGCAAAAAAUCGGUUGCAACUUCAAGUUUCCAUAGAUGCUGCAAAAUGGUGUGCAUUUCAAGCGGUGGCUUUUAGGGGUCAUGAUGAAAGUUUAGAUUCUAACAAUCGAGCUAAUUUUAUUGAGUUGAUCAAGCACGUGUCUUCUUAUAAUGAAAAAGUGGCUGUUGUGGUCCUCGAUAAUGCUCCUCGAAAUGCAUCUUAUACUUCUCCUGCGAUCCAAAAGGAGAUAUUGUCCAUUUAGUC